AUUUUUUAGUUUCUGGACCAAGACGACGUGAACGGGAUCGGAAAAUAGUGGUACUCCUGCGUGUGCGUGUGUGCAUAAUUUAAAGUCUCCCAGUUCCGUUGUGCAAGUGAUUAGUGGCCAGCUCGUGAGAAUGCGCUCUUGAACCGUGAACAACGUCGCGCUAUUUCGCCGAAACCAUGACAUCAGCUGCUGUUGGGCGGCGUUCCGGGUGCCACAUCUCGGUGCUCUCAUCUUAUCUUUUUUGGUGCUAGCACGGUGAUGCAGCCGCAUCCGUCCGUCCUGUGUGCGUGAAAAGCCGUCGCCGCGGCCGUCAAAACAAGUGCGCGCCUCCUUGCCACAGGAUGUGAUGUGGUGCUGAGGAUGCUGCCAAAGUGGUGAUCAUGUGUGCGGUGUCUAGGCAAGGAAGAAGCAGGUUUGCAAGUGAAAUCGUGAAACGAAGUAACCUACGGCACUCUCUCUCUCGUGUGCGUCUGCCGUGAUUGAGGAGGAGCAGUGAGUGCAUUCGACCGAAAUAGAAGCAAAAGAAAAAGGAAAAGAAAUAGAAGAAGAGGAGGGAGUGGUGUGGCCACCUGCUGCCGGGUGUGUGUGUGUGUGCGCGUGUGUGUUCGAUUGUGUAUCCACCGGAAAAAUGGAUCCCUUCGGGAUGGAAAUACAGUGUAAUCUACCUGGUGCUGGUGGUGGUGGUGGUGGCGGUACUCGCAAUCAAUCACCAUCCCCUUUAGGUGCUGUUAGGACAAACCUAGUGAGCCCCGUGGAGGCCGUUGCGACCGGAAUGCUGACGACACCACCGGCGCAACCGAUACAACCCCUCAAGCCCGUGAUGUCGUCUCCGUCCACACCGAAUGAUCCGGAGCAGCAGCACGAGAAGACGGAUUGUACGCCGGAAAACUCGAAGAAGAGCGACGGUGACACACCGGUCGACGCACCCGAUGGUGCCCGGUCCGGUGUCGCCAGCGCUGGUGCCGACGAGAAGGGAGUGUCGCUGCAGGACAUGCUGAAAGGUGUGGCCGGUGAGGAACCACCAACCAAGGAGGCGUCGACGGAAGCAUCGGUGGCCGAAUCGGUGCGAAAUGCGUUCGCUUUUACGAUCGAUUUCGGGGACGGCCGGAAGGCGGUGGAUACGCAGCGGCACGAGAAAAUGCUGGAACGGUUCCAGGCACGCCACCGGCGUGGUGAAUCCCUCUCCAAGCUGGAAUCGGCCUCGGGUGUCAGACAAAUGGCGGUUGCGCCAUCGUCAACCCUGCAGCAGCAACAACAGCAACGGGUACCACAGAGUGUGAACCUUCCACGUCGCAACAGGGCCCAGGGCGCCGACAGCGGAGCGGAGCAACAGCCGAUGAUGAUGAUGGAGAUGAUGGUGGACGUUUCCGGUGGCCGGCCGGUCGCGGUGAAGUUGCGCGAAAAGAACCAACGGAGCGUUGGACGGGAUCAGGUGCCCGGAAAACGCCACAGCUGGAGUCCGCGAACGAGCGUAAAUGAAGCGGUGAUGAAUAGUGGUGGCGCACCGAACCAACGGGAUACGGUGGCCACCGCAGGGGGAACACCGAAAGGUGUCAGCAGGGCAGCUAGUGCGGCGACGAAAGGACGCUUCGCACCGAAAUCUACCACAUUGGCGUUGGCUCUCGAGCAUCAGCAGGCAACCGGCAUGAAGGACAGCUCCUGCUCAAGCUCGGAGUUUAACGCGGAGAGUAUGGACUCAUCCGGUGGCAUACCGUGUUUGGAGGCACCGUUGGAGAACUUCCGUACGGCCAAGGGUGACGGUGAUGAGGUCAGCGAAACGGGUACCUACACGCUCGACGGUGACAACUACACGGAGGAGCAAAAGCAACGGAUGAACAUUGAUCGGAUUAGUGGUGGCAGCGCAGCGGUGAUUGCAGCACCGGUGAUCGCUCCUGGUCCAACCGAUCGGCCCGUACGACCGACAGCAUUCCGAGAGGAGCUGGAAGUGAUCGAUCUGGAGCGAUUAGCUACCAGCACCGCCAAUGCUGCUAGUGAUAGUGGCCAUACCAAGCCAGCGGCCGGUACGACGGCACCGGAAAAGCGGAAACACAAUAUUCUUGAGGUUUCGUACUUUCAUGAACCCGCCAUCACCAUGGCGCAGUCGGCCGGCGCAGAGAAGGAUCGCACGAAAGCCAAACAGUCGUACAUGGAGAAGUUGAAAUCGAGAAUGAAAAAUAUUACCCAGGGUGGAAAGGCCUCGCACGAGCGCAAGCAGUGCUUGGCGGAACUGGAGUCUCCGGAUCAGGGAACGUUCACGUCCGUCACGACCAGUGGUAUCCUCAGUCUGAAACCAACGCUCGAGGAUAACCCGAAGGUCGUGGCCCGUCGUCGGAAUAGUCUAUCGAAGUCACACAUCGACAGUUCCGAGUACGUUCAGGGGGUGGCCAAACUUAAUAUCCAUGGUACGGAAACGGAGGAAGCUCAUCCGGCCCCUGGUGACCAGCAGCUCGAGCACAAGAUCCUCAACUGUUAUACGGACUCGGAAAAGGCACAGCAGCAUGGCAUGAUGACGCAGGGAUCACCACAAGCUGCCGGACAGCAGCAGACCGGUGAGAAUCGACACCGGAAAACACCUUCCGAUGUGGCCGCCCUAACGUCGGUCACGUCGAAGAAAGAUUGGAUUCAAGAGUGGGCUAAGAAUGCGCGCGAAUUCUCCAAGACGACCAGUCCGAAGGUGCAUCCACAUGAGCCACCGACUGUCCCCGCGUAUGGCCGUCCUGUAGAGAGCGCAGGCGGAACCGUACCACCGUCCAUGGUACGCAGCUACGGGGGUGAGUCCACCAAUCAUCCGCGGAAUCAAUUCGGGUACGACUAUGACAUCGAUAUGGCGAAGAGUGAUUACUACGAGUCGGCGCGGAAGUACGAGGAGUUUGGCGAUAAUCUGGACCAUCGGCGGGAACAGCAGCAGCAACAGCAGCAGCAGCUCUCGAACUAUCUACGGGGUAGUUCGGGUGCUAGUGCGAGACGGGGACCGCAUGCCGCGGGAUCCGGUAUCAUCUCACCACCGAACGAAACGAUGAAUGAGUUCACACGAGCUGGUUCGAGGGGUUCGAUGCGCCGGUACGCCGGUGGUAGCAAUAAUCCUUCACCCGUCGGUGUGUCGUCCGUGUCGGUGGCCUCGAAACCACCGAUGAGUCCAAGCAAAAUCCCGUCCCCGAUUGGAUCGAUAGGACGGACACGUAGCUUAAGCCGAAACCGGAGUCUACAGGGAAGCAAUUCGGAUCUAUCGGGCAAUGAGACGGAGAUGUAUUUGCAGAAGACGGCCGCGGCCAUAUCAACGCUUCAGAACCUGCAACGAAGAAACUCUAUGCGCAACAGCUCCUCGCACUCCAGUCCGCUGAGUCCGGCUUCGCGGAAAAUGUCACCCAAGGUGUCACCGAUGAACUCACUGCAUUCGCCGCUGGACUCUCCGUCAGCGAUCUAUCCGCUCGAGAAGACACUCGGCGGUAGCUAUGUCACCAACGGUAGUAAUUCGACUCACUAUUCCCCGCAGCAUCUUCACCAUCAGCAGCAGUUACAGCGUCAUUUGCAACACCAGCUGCACCAGAGUGUUGGUGCCGGUGGCCACAAGCGGAAUCAUUCGCUCGACGGCACGACACCAGAUGCGCUAGGAUCGCCGCUCCACAGUGCAUCAUAUCUUGCGAAUGGUGGCGGCGGUGGUGCGACAGCUGGCCAUAUGACGAGAAGCUUGAACACCGCCAACACGAGUCCUAAGAUGGAUUUGGCUAAACGGAACCAUGCGCACACGCGCCACAACUCGUACGAGGGUGUGAUGUCUUCGUUGCCACCAAAACCGAUCAAAUGCUUCCAGCAGUUUGAUCAGCCAAACGUUACAGGGUACUACGCAACCGAGGAAGGUAGUGGUGGGGUUGGUGAAGGCGAGCUUGACGAUUGUGCAGAUUAUGAUGAGGAAGAGUUUGAGGAAGAUAUCGAUGAUGAUGCGGAGGAGGAGGAACGCGAUAGGCAUCGAAUUCUUCUAAGCGAUCAGACAACACUCAACGCAAUGCCAAGGCCAAGGGCAAUGUCACUAGAACCACGCAGAGCAGCACCCCAAUCUGCCAGCCAAUCGGCAGCGAUGCAAUCUCACAAAACACAUAACAUACAUUCAACAGGUGCCAAACAAGCGCUAUCCGGUGGUAUGGUGAGGGACAACACUGGUGGUGCAGGAGUAACGACGAGGGCCCAGAUUCGUGCACAACGGACGGUCGCAUCCGCUGGCCAUCAACAGCAGCAGCAGCAGCAACACCUUACAUCACCCAUCAAGCGCUCGAGUUCGUUUUCGGUGAAGCAAACGGUUGUGAAACCGACGACACCGACUUUGUCCGCGAAGGGAACGACACCGGCCAGUGAUCGGCGGUCGAUGGGAGGCUCAAAGAUACAAAAAUCGGCCAGUAGUACGAGCUUCAAGAAGAUGAUGGCCAUGGAUAAUGUGCAACCACAGCAGUAUCAUCAUCAUGCGGUACAACCACCGCAUCAUAGGCAUCAGCUUGUGAUGGAUCCGAACUAUCCGGACGAGCUGAUGCUCUACAUCAACGACGAUGGAGACGACGAUGGGCUACAGCUGCAGAUCGGUGGUAAUCGGCAAGCGGCAGGCGGUUACUCCUCAAAUUCACUGACUGACGAGGAAGAUGAUGACGAUGAUGAGGGGGAGCUGCUAGACGAAGAGGACGAUAGCGGCAUCCGCAUGGAGAAGGAACCGUUGACGAAUACACGCUACAACAAGACGUUCUUGAUGCGCAUGGAGCAGAACAAAAAGAUUGCCGCUGGAGCUACCAGACCGGACGCCUCUUCCAGUUCCGGCAAGCAAACGACCAGUGGUGGUGGUGCGGCUGCCUGUCCCAACACUCCGGAACUACCGCGAAGGGCGGCUGCUACACGAAUGGGUGCGCUAGGGCGCGAUCGCGCUUCGAUGCCCCGCGAUUCCAGUCUGAAUCGUAUGAAGCAAGAUCUGAAUAUGCGCAAAUCCUCUGCAGGCCGGGAGUCGAUGCUCGGUGGUAAGGGCAACCAGCAGCAGCUGUCGAGUCAAUCGAUCGCUUCGACCGUCUCAUCGGCCGCUCUGCCCUCCGCGGGUAAGGUGCAACCAAAGUAUCUCGACAUUUCGAAGUACAAAUCCUCGAAUGCGGCCAACUUCCUGAAGAAGGAUGAAUCGAAGAGCUAUCUGCUCCGCCAGGAGGGUGUCCGGAAGAGCCCGAGCAGUGCAUCCGUCUCGUCGGCCAUGAGUCGCACGGAUCCUACGCGGAUGAGCGCCCGUAGCAUUCGAUCGGCCAGCAGUACUACUGGCAGUAAAUCCAGCGGCACUGGUGGAUCGGCAGGGACAGGGGCGGCGAAAAAGGAUCCCUUGAAGAUCGCCAAAGAACAGGAACUGGAGAUGUGGCGUCGGCGAGCAAGCUACGACCCGAUGAAGGCUGCCCUCGAAGGCAAAAAGAAGCAGCUAGAGGAGGCGAAGCGAAUUGCCGCACAGCAGCAACAGCAACAGCUACUCUCGGAACGGCAAAGUAAAUCGAACGAAAGCUCCGUUCUGAGGUCUCAAUCCUAUCACAGUGGUGUAGUUAACAUUGGCGGAGGGACCCGGCUCUAUCAAGGUUCUGUCAGCAAUAGUAGCAAUGCCAACUUGCGCGGUGCUGCCUACAACCAGAGUUCAACACUCGGCGAUCCGACCGACUGUGAUGUCAACAACCGUUGGACACUGACGUCGACGGAAUCGAGCGAAGAUCUCGAUGGCGAUUAUUACAUUAACUAAUGCCGAAAACUGCGAUAGCAGAGACAAUGAGAGAGAAAGACAAUGGACUAUGUGCCGCCCCUUUCCUGAUCGCGCUAAUCCAACCGUAUCACCGUGCACAGCGUAGCUGUUUUAGCAAUUAUUUGCAAAUGAUGCGAUGGGUGUUAACGUUAUCGUUAGUAUUAAUUUUUGUUUUCUCGAUCACACAGUAAAAUGCUGACAAUUGUAGUUGUGCGUGUGUUUGUCAAAAGUCACGAAUAGGGAUUAGCGACAGAGCAAUAGUGAUCGAGUAGCAAUAUCUAAUUUCCUAUCAAUCGUAGCACAUGUGCGUGCUGCUUUUAGUGUUUUACAAUUCACAAAGUGCGCUGAAAUGAGAGUACCAUCCGAUGGAGGCACCGGUAAAGGUGAGGAAGGAGUGGGAAAGAAAUCGAAUUGUAGGUAGCGUUAAUAGUUUGUUUAGCGUCUUUGUUGUAAGUUUGAGGAUUAAUGCAAUGCAGAUUUCAUUUUGACUAUGAUCGAGUCGCAUAUAACACAUACACACUAUACGUUUAUCAUAUAGUUCUUAAAAGCUGUCCACCGAACGCUUAUUUCGUGGUUAACAUGAACGCGUAGAUCGGAAACAAGGAAAGGAAUGCACCAUUAGAGCAGUGAUUACGAUCGAUAACGAUCUCAUGAAUAAGGAAGAACAUCAAAUAGUAGUCUCUAUUGUUUAACUAAACUAUUAGUAGAAUAUAUUGUUUGGCCUGUCUGUGCUGUUUAGGCUUAUGGUAAUACUAUCCCGACUCCCCGUGCUCUUGAAGUGCAACGAACGAAUUCCGAAUGUCCCUCGAGAGAGAGACUGUAGCAAUACCAGACUGUGAAAGUAUUUCCGCUUGUUUAGUUAUUGGCUAAAAAAUGAUGGAAAUAUCACAGUAGUUGUGCUACUACCCAUAACUAACUUUUGUGGUUUUAGAAGAACCCUCUUGAGGAUCCUUUUAGCAUGUAACCGAUGUACCCACCAUUGAAAGGGGUAUAGCUUUAGAACAGGCAGGUCUUAGGCUAGACACUGGGCGCUAUUAGGAAUAGUGGGGAAACACAGUUUGAUUACGCUUUUAAACGCUUCACUAUGAUUGACGGAUCAACGAGACAAGAUCAAAACGAUUUCAGCAGCGUGCCGUUAGUUGUUUUGAAUUUUGUAAAGUAUUUCCUCUCCAUGAAUGUUACGUGAUAGUUGAUUAGUCGUACAGUCGUAGGUUAUUUGCGUCAUGUUACUCACAAUUAGUUGACCGUUUUAUGGGGGCACGUCUUAUUUAGCGUAUGUUAUAGUCUUGGUUAAUAUUAUUCACUAUAUCGUACUACGGAUAGCGUCUUCGGAAUGUAUGGGUAGUAUUAGUUUCAUUUUAAAAGCGAACAAUGCAGCUCACUUUAUGCUCUUCGUCUCUGAACACGGUAUUUUGUUACUUUAGUUAAGUAAACGAAAAGAAAAAUCAUAAAAAUGCUCGAGCUCUGUCAAGGAGAUGAACAAUAUAUGCGAAUCAAGAAAGAUGGCUAGUGCGAACACAAUCAUUCUUUUACACUGUUUGAUGAAGGAACUCAAACAGCCAGCGAACGAAAUGAAAAAGAAACAUUUUUCUGUAUGCGACGAUCCUACACGAAAAGGUGGUGCUAAAGGUUCCGUUAACGCUUAGCAGUCUCUACGUGGAAACACUCUUUAAUAUGUUUAACUCGUACAUAAAGCCGUACAUGUUUAUAAAACAGUUGAGAUUAAAUUCGCUCACGCUCUCGCUUCGCAUAUAUUCCACCACUGACCUCUUAAACCGUUGGGUGCGCUCUGUCUCUUUAUUACUGCUUUAAUUCUACUGUUUACCAUACGCAGUGCAAUGUUAACGCAUGAUCUGGUGCCUAUUCCAUUUGCUUCCGUUCCUACCUAUAGGUCAAAUUUAUUGUUCUAACUUUUACUGGUCCUGCUUGAGGUGCGUUUCAUUUAAGUUAUAUCAUGGAAGUGAUAUCAAGAUUAUGUCCCUAAAAAUGAUGGUGCAUUGUUUGUGAUGUUAGGGUGACAGGAAUCAUAAAAUUCGAAACGAACUGAUAUAAAUUCUAGAAUCAGAUGAGUGAAAGCGAGAGAUAGAGGGAGAAAGUAACAAAUAAACAAAAAAAAGAUCAAGAGAAAGUUCUAGUUUCACUCCACCCUAAAGUGAACAGAAUCUUUGAAUGUCUACAAGUGAUGGAUGAACGAAGGUAGUUUUUUGUGACAGCAAGAAUUGAACGAGCGAUGGUUAUAGAUACAGAAAUGAGAAGAUAUGAAGCCCGUUUUUGUUUCCUAGUAAUAUGAAAACAAACGUGAUGUAACUGAAGAGAAAUGAUCAAAUGGAUCACAUACGAAACAAUGAUUACCGAAUGAUCGAAUCGCUGGAAGGCAGAGGAUGGAGAGAAACAGCGUGAAAUUACGAACAACAAAUAACGAACAUUAGCCCCAGGAAAGAUUACAACCCAUAUGUAACCCAUACAACCAAUUGAACCAAAACGGCAUAAAACAUCUUUUGUAUAACCACUAACUUAUGGGAGAAGUGCUCGCUUCAACAGCAGAAUCCCCCUAACAUUAUUCAGCGCUGCUGCUUUCAUAUUUACUUUCCUUUUUUUAUACGUGAAACUCGUCUCUAGCACAUCUAUCCGGUGCGGAGAACUGCCGAGACAUAGAUAUUAUAAUGCAAUAGUGUAGUACCGCCGAUCCACCGGUGCAGUAGCUUGUCGGGCAUGCGCAAAGUAUUCUCCAUACACAAAACACCGGCCAAAGUCAGGAAUCACGCUUGGUGGGCGUGUGGUUCGAUAGCACAAUAGGCUUUUAACAAGUUCUUUCCAGCAGCGCUUAUAAUGUGCUAGUUUAGAGGAAUGUCAGAUUGUCUGUUUUCAUGCUUUCGUUUCUAAACCAAUGCCAAUUCAAUGGCAGGUCGUUUUUUUAUAUGAUGUCCUGGGCAAAUUGCUGUUGCUGCUGUAUUUUAGUUGUUGCGUAUUUUGGUGAUCUUUAAAACCGCGAGUAAGGUAGCUUUUCGACGCCGAUUGGACAGUGGAAAUAUAUUAUUGUACGUAUAUACAAACAUAUACA